AUGCCCCCAGCAAUCCCUCCGCCGCUAGUCUCUUACCUGGAGUCCAGCCUUGCUUCACUUCACGGCCAGACCCUCAUCACCUCAGUGCUUGGUACGCCCUCACCAUGGCUGCUGCUACGAUUCGUCUACGGGGCCAUGUACGGCGUGGGGCAUGACUCAGAAGCCAGACAACUCGGCGAGGACUCAGCAGUAAGGCCGGGGGAAAGUCCUGUGGUCUUCGGACUUGAUUUCCAAGUGCUGCUCCGGGGCAAGAAGAUUGUCUACGUCGACGGGCUUACUGAUGGUUCGCCACCAGCAGGGCCUGGAAACUCUUCGCUUCCACCGACGACCAAGCUCAAAGCUCUGACUCUGGACGAGCUACGGCGCUCUAUGGAUGUGGCUUUAAAGAGUUGGUUUACUGCUACAACGGACACCUCUACAUCCGGGGUAGGCGCAUCUUCGGGCUCCUCUUCGUCUGCGGGAUCUGCAGACGCGAAAUCACUUAUUCUUCUCGAUGGCAUUGAUUUCCUCCUGGCUUGCCAACCCUUCAUCUCCACAGUCUCAUUGCAAGCGCUCCUUUCAACAUUACGGACGCGGUCUCGCGCUCUGGUACUCACCUGCAAUGCCGAUGCUCCGCUGCUGCAAACUGCUACAUCUGGCAAUCAUGAUGGCGGGACGCCCUUGGAACGCAAUCAUGCGCACUUCUUGACGUCCAUAGCCCAUCAAAGUCGGUGGGUGUUCCAGCUCAGAGGGUUGGACACCGGCAGCGCGAAGGAUGUUUCCGGCGUUAUCAGGGUUAGUAAAGGUGGUGAUGGAGGAGACGGCGAGAAUGAGAUCUCGACUUCAGGCCGUACAACAGAUCUGCCUGAUACAGAAUGGUUGUAUCAAUUGAAAGGAGAUGGUUCGGUGAGGGUCUGGGGGCGUGGAGAAUAA